UAUAAAUCCUUCAAAUGAAGUAAUAUUCAACAUCUUAUUCUACCUCGUGUCCGCUCUGGAUUUAAAAAUCUCUAGACAUCUCUUUAGCUGAUAGAUUGUACAGAUUAUCAUGUGUCAGACCUAUUAAAUAUCAAUUUCAUCUGGCUGAUACCGUUGCAGGACACACUCUAUCGGGCUAUUGUACGAUGGCAUUUUCUGGGGGGAAAUUGUGAUGAACAUGGAGGAAAGAACAAUAACUCAUCACACACCAAGAGUCAUCUAUACAUAAACAGAAUUUUCCCACCCACCGACGCGCCCUCACCCCUGAUCCAUCAUCACUGUGAGGGAUAUAUUUAAAUGACAAUACUUUAUGCUGUGCAAUCACACAGCUGCCCUUUCUUUCUUUUUUUUAUAAAGCACAGUGGCUUGGCUCAGGGACAACACUGAGCGGUAAUACAGUCUGAUGCCAACAUGGGAAAGAUCAUAUUUUACGAAGACAGAAACUUCCAAGGACGCUCUCAUGAGAGCAGCAGCGACUGUGCUGACCUCCACUCCUACUUCAACAGAUGUAACUCCAUCAAGGUGGAGAGUGGCUGCUUCAUGGUCUACGAGAGGCCCAACUACAUGGGCAACCAGUACUACCUGAGGAGAGGGGAGUACUCUGAUAACCAGCGUGUGAUUGGAAUGAACGACUGUGUCAGAUCUUGCCGUAUGAUCCCCCAGCACCGAGGCUCCUACAGGAUGAGGCUGUACGAAAGCUCCGAUAUGUCCGGCCAGAUGCACGAGUUGGUGGACGACUGUCCAAAUGUCCACGACCAACUCAGCAUGUCUGACUUCAACUCCUGUAAUGUGAUGGACGGCCACUGGCUGCUGUACGACCAACCUAACUACAAGGGCAGAGCGUACUACCUGAGGCCCGGAGAGUACAGGAGAUACAGCGACUGGGGAGGCGUCAGCCCAAGAGUCGGUUCUCUCAGAAGAAUCACCGACAUCAACUGAAGUCAAGCUUCGUUUAAAUGCAUCUUUCCCUGAGUUUAACUGUCUGUUUUCCUAAUAAACUUUAACUGCUUACCAAAACA